CUGAUUUAAUCAAUCAAUCAUUUAUUGCUGAACUGAAACUCGAAAAAAGAAAACACUGGGAGAGUGUGUUAGUGUAAACAAAGAAUUACUAACCGGUGUGACACGUCAAUCAAAAUCGUUUGACUACAAAAAUUUACUUUUGUUAUUUUAUGUCUUAUUAGUGGUGUUAUUUAUUAAAGAUGGAAUCAGAAUUUAAAAUCCCAACAGACCUAGAACUAUUACCCUUAGGUGAUAAUGGGGAAAUGGAAAUCGUCCCCGCCUCUCAUAAAAAUCGUUUGGGAACAUCCAGAUUACCUUGUGGUUUGCCGCCAGUUUUACCUACUGUGAAAGAGAAACUUGAAUCUUUCCUCCAAAAUAUAGAAGAAUUACCAAUUCUUCACUUAGAUGCAGUGCAAAAAUUGAUACCAAGGGAGCCUGAUAUUGCAUCACUUUAUUCUAUUGACUUAUGUCCUCUGCAGACAACACUAAAUGUCAAAAGAGAUAUGAUGACAGGAAAAUUAUUAGGUUUUAAUGAAGAUGUGAAAGAUAUGUUUGAAGGCACGCACAAAACUUCCACCUCUCUGCAUCGUGCACCUGGCCCACCUGACGCAGGUGUGAAAGGGUGUAUGAGUAGUUUCCCAUUUUGGCCUGGUGGAAUGGACGAACCAUCAUUUACUGACCUGCUGAAAAAAGAAACCAUAGAUACAUCACUUUUUGAUGGAGAGUUGUUGGACACUCCCCCUGGUUUUCCGAGUGGAAUGAAGUUUGAGAGAAAGACGCCAGAUGAGGUAGACUACAUUCGCCCUCAACCUCAAAAAAUAUACUUGUCUGAUGUGUUUGCAAUGGAAGAUACCAUCCAUUUGGACAUUAUUGGAGAUUCAGAAGUUAUAGCGGAUGAUGAUGUUGAUUUAGAAAAAGCUCAAAAUGAACCAACUGAGCAGUCUUCAGAUGCUGAAGAUUCUUUUUCAAAAAUAAUGUCUUUACCUGUUUUGAAAAUUUCUGAAGCAGAACUUAAAAAACCACCAGUUGUAUAUGAAUGGGCUGUCAUCGAUGAUGUCAGGAAACCUGUGGCUGAUUUUCAUGAACGAAUUCCAAAAAUGGCUUUUAAAUGGGAAUUUGAAUUGGAUCCUUUCCAACAAAAAGCUGUGUUGCAUUUAGAGAAAAAAGAGAGUGUCUUCGUUGCAGCUCAUACAUCUGCUGGCAAAACAGUUGUAGCAGAGUAUGCUAUUGCCUUAGCUCAGAAGCAUGUUACAAGAGUUAUUUACACUUCUCCGAUCAAAGCUCUGUCCAAUCAGAAGUACAGAGAUUUCAAAGAAAAGUUUGGUGAUGUUGGGUUAAUAACUGGAGAUGUUCAGAUCAACCCAACUGCAUUUUGUCUCAUCAUGACAACUGAAAUUUUAAGAUCAAUGCUAUAUCAUGGUUCUGAUGUUGUUCGUGAAUUAGAAUGGGUUAUUUUUGAUGAAGUGCACUAUAUUAAUGAUUCUGAGCGAGGUGUUGUUUGGGAAGAAGUAUUCAUUAUGCUUCCUGAUCAUGUCAACUUGAUUAUGCUUAGUGCAACUGUUCCCAAUACAGCAGAGUUUGCAGACUGGCUGGGUGGUAUCAAGAAGAGAAAAAUCUUUGUCAUCAGUACCCUUAAACGUCCUGUUCCUUUAGUUCAUCACCUGUACACUGGUAGUGUAGGAAAAGCAGAAAAUGAAAUCUUCCCAAUUGUUGAUUCUACUGGGAAAUUUUUGACUGAUAAGUAUAUGGAGGCUUUGAAAGCCAAAAAGGAGAAGGAAUCCAAAUCAAAAUCAAGUACAGGACCAAAGGGGCCUAAAUAUAACAUAUCUCCAGCUCAGGAGAAAAAUGUUUACAUGGGUCUUCUCGGUCAUCUACAAAAGAAUGACCUGCUUCCGGCCGUCUGUUUCACAUUUUCCAGAAAGAAGUGCAACUCUCAUGCUGAGAUGCUCCAAAGCAAAGAUCUAACUACACAGAAAGAGAAAGACAAAAUCAAUAAGUUUUUUCGUGACAGCAUUUCAAAGCUCAAAGAGGAGGACCAAAAUCUACCACAGGUGAGGUCUAUGGGUAUGCAACUAGAGCGAGGAGUUGGCAUUCAUCACAGUGGAAUUCUACCAAUUUUAAAAGAAGUCGUAGAAAUGCUAUUUCAAAAAGGAUUGUUAAAAGUGUUAUUUGCCACGGAAACAUUUGCCAUGGGAGUUAACAUGCCUGCAAGAACUGUGGUUUUUGAUUCAAUUAGAAAACACGAUGGAUUCAAUUUCCGUGAUCUGGAAUCUUCUGAAUACAUCCAGAUGGCCGGACGUGCUGGACGCAGAGGCCUAGAUGACACUGGAACUGUUAUAGUUCUUUGCAAAGCUGAUGUCCCCGAGUCUAGUUCGCUUCAUACUAUGAUGCUUGGAAAACCAGCAAAACUCAAAUCACAAUUCAAGUUAACUUAUACCAUGAUUCUGAACUUGCUGAAAAUAAAAACUUUCCGUGUUGAAGAUGUUAUUAAACGUUCCUUUGGUGAGUCAGACAAUGAGAAGCAGCGAAAGUUAUACAAAGAAAUGUUGAAUGAAGCUAGGAAUAAGCUUCUGACAACUAAAAAAACAGACUGUUCUGUGUGCAACAUUGACCUGUCCGAAUACAUUUUAGCAAUCAGACAACUCAAGCCAAUGAAGCAAGAAAUCAUGGUUCAAAAAUGUGGUAUUGCUCUCUCCAGUCGAUUAUUAGUGUCAGGCAGGAUUCUUGUGAUAUCUACAGCUUGCCAACAAAACAUUUUGUGCACAUUACUAAAUUUAGACAAAGAUAACAAGUGUAAAGUGCUGGCAAUCGGUGAAAAGGAAAAGUCUCUGAGUUCCAAUGAAGCUUCACAUAAAAUACAGCCCUGGACUAAGCAGUUAUUUUACCCUAGCAAUAAACAACCUGAAAUUUUAACUGUGACAUUUAAUGAAAUUCAAGUUAUCUGUAAUAAGUCACUCAGGAUUGACGAGGCUGCAAUUGUUAGGGAUUGGAAAAGAAUGGAAGCAAUGAAUACAAGCCCAGGAAGGGCUAUCAGUGAAGCAUUUCAAGAGCUGUGUUCAUUAUGUGAAUCUCAUAUGAAAGGUUUACCUUCUGCCAAUAUAGUACUAAAAGACAUUAAUUUCGCUAGUAAAAUACGUUCUGUAGAAAACAUAGAAAAAUCUCUGGAAUCUUAUACUUGCGUGAAAUGCCCAGAAUUUUUGAAGCAUUUUGAAGAGCUAUCAUCAUAUAAGCAGAUGGAGGAAGAUAUUAAAGAAUAUUCCUAUAAAUUGUCAGAAGAAAGCCUUACAUUCCAUCCAGAGUAUCAGAUGCGUAAAAAUGUACUUAGGGUGUUAGGUUAUAUUGACAAUGAAGAAAAUGUCCAACUAAAAGGUUCUGUGGCCCGAGAAAUGAGUAAUCAUGAACUACUUAUUACAGAGCUUCUAGUCAAAUCCAUCUUUAGUGAUUGUACUCCUGGUGAGGUCGCUGCUCUUUUAUCCUGUAUGGUUUUCCAACAAAAAUGUGAUGACACCAAAUUAGAACUGCCAAGUCACUUAAAAAAAAAAGUUGAAGAUAUAAGAUUCGUCGCUGGGGAAAUUGCUACUGAGCAGGCUCGAAAUGGAAUAAGUGAUCCUAAUUUUGUAUCUCAGUACAAUUUCUAUCUAGCAGAAGUUGUUUAUGAAUGGGCAAAAGGAACUGUAUUUGCAAAAAUAAUGGAAAAAACAGACAUAGAUGAAGGUAUAAUUGUUCGCAGUAUACAGAGGUUGAGUGAAUUAUUAAAGGAUGUUAGAAAUGGUGCAUCUCUUGUGGGUGAUACAGUACUUGCCAAAAAGAUGGAAGAUGCAUCGCGUGAAAUCAAGAGAGACAUAGUUUUUGCGGCUAGUUUAUAUACACAAUAAUGUAUUUUUGUACAUUGAAAAUAAAUAUUUAUUAAAUGUUU